AUGGUUCAGUCUGAGAACUUGUUGAUAUCUAUCUAUCUAUCUAUCUAUCUAUCUAUCUAUCUAUCUAUCUAUCUAUCUAUCUAUGUUGCUUUAGACCUAAAGACGGUCAUAACCUGUAUUCGAACACCAAACAACAGUGCAACCAUCAGUCGCACGAUACAUAUGACAGCGAAUGUCUCUCUCUCUCUCUCUCUCUCUCUCUCUCAGUCGCGUUACCCUACAGUCACCCGAAAGAAAGCCUCCUCUUUCAUUUCAAAACCCAUGUUCUCUUUUAUUUGCAUAUUUAUCAUAUCUAUCUAUCUAUCUAUCUAUCUAUCUAUUUUUCAGUCUGUCCAUAUGUAUCAAUCUCAAUCUGUUCAUAUCCACCUAUCUAUCCAUCUAUCUCAGUUUGUUCAUAUCUAUCUAUAUCAAUGUUCAUAUCUAUCUUUCUUUCUCAAUUUGUUCAUAUCUAUCUAUCUAUCUAUCUAUCUUUCUCGUCUGUUCAUAUCUAUCUAUCUAUCUAUCUAUCUAUCUAUCUAUCUAUUACAUAAAGAUAUCUGUCCAUAUUCAUCUCAGUCUAUCUAUUUUACUCAACCUGUCUUUUCCUAUCUAUCUAUCUAUCUAUCUAUCUAUUGA